AAUACACGACUACACUUGAUAAAUCCUCCUGAAGAAAAAAACAAAAAGUAAAUUGAAAAUACAAUAAUAAUCAGGUAGUAAAAUUUUAUACACCCCACAAAUCUAAUCAAAAAAAUGAUCCGUUGGAAAUAGCGACGCUAACAGGAGAGAGAAAAGUUCAAAGAUUGUACAAACUUGAAUUCAACAAACCCUAAUUUCUUUCUGUUUUUUCAUUUCAAUUACAAACCCAGAAAAAUCCCCAAAUUAAUUGAAAAUGGCAGCAAUUGAAGAUAAUAAUCCCAAAAACCCUAACCCUAGCGAAACUCCGAGGAAGAGAAGACCGAGCUUACCGGAGCUAUGGUUUAAGGAUCAGCAAUUGAAGCAUGCAAUCUUCAGAAUGCAGCAGCUUCAACAAGCUCACAGUAAUUCCAAUUCAAAUUCCAAGAAUUUGAUUUUAGGUGGUGAUCCUUUCUCUGUCUUAUCUGAUGAAUCGCUUAGUUUUAUUCUUUCUAAGGUGCCGAUUUCGCAGCAUUUUUCGAAUUCAUUGGUUUGUAAGAGGUGGUAUAUGAUUCAAGGGCAAUUAAUUCGUUCAAUUACGCUGUUUGAUUGGGAUUUUCUUGAAUCUGGGAGAUUAACUUGUCGGUUUCCUAAUUUGAGUGAGAUUAAUCUUGCUCCAGCUUGUUUUAGGAGUUGUUGGAGCUCUGGGAUUUUGAUGUCACAUAGAUUGGUUUCGAUUCAUCUCGAUUCGGAGAUUGUAAGUGAUAGUUUGAUUGGAAGUGAAGGGGUUUUGGGUUCUAGGUUGAUUGAUAGAGGGCUCAAAGUGCUUGCUGAUGGGUGUCCUAAUUUGAGCAAAUUAGCGUUGGUUAAUUCGAGUGAGAAGGGGUUAGGUGAUCUGGCUGAAAAAUGUUUGAUUUUGCAAGAGUUGGAGAUACAUUGUUGUGAGGAUAUGUCGUUGACAGCGAUUUCCGGGUUUAAGAACUUGCAGAUACUCAAAUUAGUGGGCUGCGUGGAUGGUUUGUAUGAUUCUGUAGUAACCGAUAUCGGGUUGACAAUGGUAGCUCAGGGCUGUAGGAGGUUAGUGAAGCUUGAGCUUAGUGGGUGUGAGGGUAGCUAUGAUGGGAUUAAGGCCAUUGGACAAUGUUGUCAAAUGUUGGAAGAGUUGACCCUUUGUGGUCAUAAGAUGGAUGGUGGGUGGCUGUCGGCACUUUCGUUUUGUAGCAAUUUGAAGACAUUGAAGCUCCAGUCUUGCCAGAGUAUAGAUAGCUGCCCUGGUCCUGAUGAGCAUUUGGGCUCAUGUCCGACACUUGAGGAGCUGCACUUGGAGCGAUGCCAAGUUCGUGAUAAAGAGAGUACAAAAGCUCUGUUCUUGGUGUGUGAAUCUAUUAGAGAGAUUUCGUUGCAGGAUUGUUGGGGUUUAGAGGAUGAUAUAUUUCGUUAUGCUGUUAAUUGUAGGAGGGUGAAGUCUCUAUCUUUAGAAGGAUGCUCUUUGCUGACAACGGAAGGCUUGGAUUCAGUGGUUCAUAAAUGGACAGAGCUCCAGACACUGAAAGUGGUGUCAUGUAAUAGUAUAAAAGAUUCCGAAAUCACCGCUGAGCUGGCAACUUUGUUUUCUGUCCUGAAAGAAUUGAAGUGGAGGCCAGAUUCCAGAUCUCUAUUAGCUUCAAGUCUUGCUGGCACUGGAGUGGGAAAGAAGGGUGGUAGAUUCUUCAAGAGGGUAUGAGGCUGAACUUAUAACCUGGUGGUGCAAGUCUGAACUUCAAUUGUUGUAUCUGGCUGUCUCAGACAGCCAUCAUAAAGGUUCACCCUUGGUGCUGUAUAUGCACGUUUUCACUUUGUUUGGUAGCAUUGUGGAGGGAAAGAGAGGGAGUAGGUGAGGGGAGGGAAAGAAUGAGCUUCAUUUUCCUUCUAAUGCUAUCCAGCAAUGGAAGGAUUUAAUUUCUGAAAAGGGAAAGAACUUCCCUUCCCCUUGUCUUAUUUGAAUCAGGGAAAAUAUUGUUACCAUGGUGGACAAGAGAAAGUAAUUGGCUUUCUGGAAGCUGCCCAGGGAGCCAUUGGCAACAUCUGUAAAUAUACUACUCUAUGACCCCAAAUGUAUGUGGGGUUCCAAUUUAUUAGAAGUUUUAAUAAGAACGAUUCUCUUCCUGUAUUUUACUUAGAAAUGUAGAAAACUUGUAUACUUUCUGUUUCCAUUGAGUAGUUAAACCAAUUGACAGGAGGUGCUGCACUCAAAAACUCACCCCCACGUUAUUAUAUCACAACUCUGAGAAUUUGCAAAGUUGCAUACUUGACAUAAUUGCUUAUAAAUUGGCUCAGUUACCACUGAACCCAUUCUUCCCCUAGCUGAGUUGAGGUGCUUAGGACACAGAGUGUGGAAGAUAGCCGUAACUAGAGUUGCAGGUAUUUUGGAGCCUUCAUUAUGCUUUACUUUUGGGAUAUUCUAUCAAUGUGUAGAAGAGUUUCCCCUGAAACGGUUGUCUCCUGUCUCAUAUAGAUGUCCGAAUAUUAUGUACUCAUCUAUUUUCAUACAAGCUUCCUCAGAAGCAUGCUAUUCAGAAUAAUAUUCAGACAGGUGUGUUUUGUAACUUCUAUUUAUGGAUAACUGACAUAUCUUGGACGGAUAUGCCUGUCAGGUAAGUGUACACUUCUACAGUUGAACAUUUUCUUCUUUCAAACUUGCUAUGCAAUGUUCUGUUUGUUACAGAGCUAGUUGGAGAAGGUAGUUUUAAAAAAUUUGUGGAGAAUUGCUUAUUGGGGCUGAUAGCUUUAUGUGUGUCUGCUACUAUUUUAUAUUGACCAAUGUGUGUUCCACUAUCUUUAUUAUUGACCUGAUUGUUGAAGUAAUACUUGUUUUAAAGCAAAUUUGGAACGUUCAUUUCUUUGCAUUUGUAGAAAUUCUGACUUGAUUUACUCUAUGUGGCUGCUUGUUCAUGAGAUGGGAAUUCAGCUGUAUCAUAGUUCAAACUGAAAUUUGCGUUCAUUAGUAUGAAACUUUGUUGGAAGAAGAUGGAAGUUUAACCACUAGGAUUAGCAUUAUGUUCUGUUUUAACCUUGUAUUUCUCACUCUGUUGGACUUUACCAGCAUUGUGAACUUGAAUGACUAUUUAGAGGAAGAAACAUAGUGGUGUUCAGAAUGGACCGGUUCUAGCAGAUUCGCUGUUUGUGGACUCUUGUAGAACAGCACGAAUAAGUUGAAAGACAGCUGUCAGUACACAAUUAGUUUGUUAAUUUUUUGUUCCCGUUUUUCUGGUUCAAUUGCCUUUUGUUUUGGUU